AUGAGCAAGUCCUACGACCAGCUCCCAGCAAACAACAACAUGCAGCCUGCCAACACUGUCUUUGAAGUCGACUUCAAGUGGAACAAGAUGAAGGCUUUAGUCUCAGAAAAAAACCCUCAGACAAACACCUCAACACCCAAGUACAUCGUCGACUAUCAUGCCUUCAAAUGCACCGCCCUCGUCUUCCAUCCCUACGAGGACCCUAAAGCUGUAAUCGGCACUGGUACACUCCAUCCCGUCACAAUCCAUGCAACCUACGAGCUCCACGGCCAAAAAGGCACUAUCAAAGCACUAAAGCGCUUCAUGACAUCAUACACCCACCUCUCAUACAACUACUCCAACAAUCCUGACGGAACACCCGCUGCCAUGACAUGGGCCAGUGCUAGUAGCUUCAAGACAUGGGACUUUAUCUGUCUCGAUGAGCAACAGUCUGCAGUGGCCAAGUUCUCUGCUAACUGCUGGUCUCUCAACAAUAUCGGGUGUAUCGAGUUUCUAGGACCCAAGGCUAAUGAUCCUGCGGCAAGAGAAGAGAUCCUGGUAACUGGCAUGACAUUGUGUUAUCAGAUGAUCCUUCGCACGACCAACUUCUUAAAUCUUGGUGGUGCUAUCUUUGCAAGAACUGGGCCGUUGGACAAGGAGGCAGCGCCCAAGAAACCAAUGGGAAAUGGAGACGGCAAGAGUAUUAAGGAGUUGGAAGUGACUUCGGGGAUAGAUACUGGGCUUGAGAAAGCAUAG